AUGAAUGGACAUGAGUACAACUAUGGUUACUACCUUGCCGACGGCAUCUACCCCUCCUUGCCGGUGUUCAUGAAAGGUGUUACUCUUCCACAAAGUGAAAAACAUCGACUGUUCACUGCUGCUCAAUCAGCUUGGCGCAAAGAUGUCGAGUGUGCCUUUGGAGUGCUGAAGGCUAGGUUCAACAUUCUAGCAGUUCCGGGACGCUCCUACUCGAGGCGUACUCUUGGGUUGAUCAUGCGUGCAUGUGUCAUUCUGCACAACAUGAUCAUCGAUGAUGAGCGUGAUAUAAAUUUGGAGAACAUCUAUGAGACAGUUGAUUCCAAUGUCGGCCCUGCGAUACACAACCAUGCACCACCAAGCCUAGCUGCCAGGAUUCAGAUGGACAACGAAAUGAGGGACUCACCUUUUAUACACAGCUCCAGCAUGAUUUGA